AUGUUCAAGUCUAUUUUAACGUUCAUGAUGGCUGCUUUGGCCAUGGUGGUUGUGGCAGAUCAAAUCUAUAUUUACGGUCCUCCAUCCAAUGGCAUCUAUCAUCCCAAGGACAUUAUGGACAUUAGAUAUCAUGUGCGCUCUGUGGGCAUGACAAAGAUUUGGCAGACAUCUGCCACAUUGAUCCAUGAAUCUACAAAUACCACCAUAGCGUCAUUCCCGAUCGCUAGCUGGAAUGCUUCUGCAGAGACCAACUAUGCUCAUACUACAUGGACAAUCCCUGCUGGUCUUUCUACUGGUAAUUAUAUAAUGACGAUCAGUGGAAAGUGA